AUGUCAGAUAGAGGUUUCAGCACGGACUCUCCCAGAUACGUAGCCAAAGACACGGACAUGAGCGUGUCGAGUGUUACCCCAUCCCCGCCUCCAGCUAUCCCACCUCCUCCCGUCGGCGCCCUCCCCACGCCCGCUGACCCAAAGCUAGAAAAGGUGCCUGCUGGACUCCGAGCCCCGUACCACCCCCGGCCCCUCACCUCUACAUGUCUGAAGAAGCACUUCACUCCAGUCGGAGGCUUAUUCUUCCAGAAUAUGGCGGGUGCAAAGGCUUCCAUGGACUUUGCUCAGUGGCGUUCACCGUCGUAUGACAACACCAUCCCGCAGACUGACAAGGAGCAUCAAGACAUUGUCCAAAAGCUCGUGCUGGCUUUCAAAGACAUGUCUGCUGCCAAGGAUACUCCAGACAACGCCUACCGCAAGCGCUUGACGCCAGGUGAAGCAAUGUACUACCAGGACUGGGCCAUCGAGGCAUGUGCUUGGGACAUUCUCAGUAAGGUCAAAACCAUGCACACCGAAGGCUUCAAGGUAGCCAUCUACGACAAGAGCAUCGUUGACUCGAUUGGGCAAACCCAGUACUGGACGUUCCAGGAGCGCAUAGAGUGGAUCUGCGUUGUGUUGCGGACAUCCAAGAACGUUGCUGUUACUCUCAUGAAGAACGAGAAGACAUGGACGAUUCUCGGAGCCCCUCACAAGCUGUACCAUAGUACUCUCACCAAUGCCGUUGCAAACGCGCAUCGUGGCGUGUGGGUCAAGUCGGGGCGUGAGGCGGAUACUGAGCACCGCGCCCGUGCUAACAGCAAGCGCCAGAAGCUCAGUCAUGCUGUCGGCCAUGAGAACGAUGGCGCAAAAGACGCUAUGAACACUAGAGGUAAAGAGGGUAAUCCGGAUAUUGGCACUGCGCCGGCUUCUUCACUUGACAAGACUAACCACAUCAACACAUCAUCCACUCCCAUUCCCAACGCGGACAGCGUCAUGGCUGGCAAUCCUGUCUCCAUGCAGAACACUCCCCAGCUGGAACCCAUGCCCGGAAUCACAUACCACCCCGACACACCCAGAAUCCCGACCGAUCCGGAGAGGGAGCCUGCGCUAUCUCGUCCUUCGCACGGAGAACCCAGCACCCACUCUCUCGCUCCACACACUCGACUCUCGGCUUCCGAUACGCAGGAUCAGCACAAGGUUAAGUACGAUGCUGUUGACUUGGAGGGUGCAGAGAUGCUGGCUUCGCUGCAUACUGCUUGUUGA